AUGUUUGUUAGCAGUGUCCUCUGGUUGUUGCUGCUUAGUUGCAGCUUCAGCUUUGGCGUUGAGAGCGAUAUCAACUGCUUGAAAAGUAUAAAAGCAUCAUUUGAGGACACUUUAGGUUCCUUAAACUCUUCAUGGGAUUUCAGCAACAACACUGAAGGCUUCAUCUGCAACUUUCGCGGGAUUGAGUGUUGGCACCCUCACGAGAGCAAGGUUCUGAACAUCAAGCUUUCGGAGUUGGGACUAAAAGGUCAGUUCCCUCGGGGCGUAGAAAAUUGUACAAGCUUAACAGGUUUAGAUCUUUCAGGCAACAUGCUCAGUGGACCUCUUCCUCAUGAUAUUGAUAAAAUUCUUACGUGGGUUACGUCUCUUGAUCUCUCUUCCAACAGCUUCUCAGGGCUGAUCCCGGCGACGCUUUCCAAUUGCAGCUAUAUGAAUGUGCUCAAGCUUGAUAACAACCAGUUCUCGGGUAACAUUCCGGCAGAAGUUUACCAGCUAACGAGGCUUAGAACUUUUAGCGUGGCCAACAAUCUUCUGUCGGGCCAAGUGCCACCAUUCGGUGAGAAUAUUGCUUCAAUUAGAAGGGACAGUUAUGCAAACAAUUCUGGACUUUGUGGAUACCCCCUCAAGCCUUGCCCAUCAAUAUCUCAAAAGACGUCCUUGAAUGUGGUUAGGGUUUUCAAGUCGAAUGGUGUACUUAUGGUGGCAGCAGCUGGUUUUGUGUCCUCGAUCUUGUUGUUGCUGCUUAAUCGUUGUAGCUUCAGCUUUGGUGUUGAGAGCGAUAUCAACUGCUUGAGAAGUAUAAAAGCAUCACUUGAGGACACUUUGGGGUACUUAAACUCUUCAUGGGAUUUCAACAACAACACUGAAGGCUUCAUCUGCUACGUUCUUGGGAUCGAGUGUUGGCACCCUUAUGAGAGCAAGGUUCUGAACAUCAAGCUUUCGGAGUUGGGAUUAAAAGGUCAGUUCCCACGGGGCGUAGAAAAUUGUACAAGCUUAACAGGCUUAGAUCCUUCAAGCAACCAGCUCAGUGGACCUCUUCCUCAUGAUAUCGAUAAAAUUCUUUCGUUCAUUACGUCUCUUGAUCUCUCUUUCAACAGCUUCUCAGGCUUGAUCCCGCCGAAGCUUUCCAAUUGCAGCUAUAUGAAUGUGCUCAAGCUUGAUAACAACCAGCUCUCAGGUAACAUUCCGGCAGAAUUCAACCAGCUAACUAGGCUUAAAACUUUCAGUGUGGCCAACAAUCCUGGACUCUGUGGAUACCCUCUGAAGCCUUGUCCACCAAUAUCUCAAAAGAAGUCCGUUAGUGUGGCUAGGGUUUUCAAGUCCAAUGCCCAUUAUCCCAUUUUGAUGGCUUUCUUGAUGCAUAUGUUGUUGAGAAAACAAGAUGCUGGCAUUUUUAUUGGCAGUGUCCUCUGGUUGCUGCUUAGUUGUAGUUUCAGCGUUGGUGUUGAAAGUGAUAUCAACUGCUUGAAAAGUAUAAAAGCAUCACUUGAGGACACUUUGGGGUACUUAAACUCUUCAUGGGAUUUCAGCAACAACACUGAAGGCUUCAUCUGCAACUUUCUUGGGGUCGAGUGUUGGCACCCUCACGAGAGCAAGGUUCUGAACCUCAAGCUUUCGGAUUUGGGACUGAAGGGCUCGUUUCCUCAAGGCGUAGCAAAUUGCACAAGCCUAACAGGGUUAGAUCUUUCAAGCAACCAGCUCAAUGGACCUCUUCCUACUGAUAUCGAUAAAAUCAUUACGUUCAUUACGUCCCUUGAUCUCUCAUAUAACAGCUUCACAGGGCAAAUCCCAAUGAAGCUUUCCAAUUGCAGCUAUCUGAAUGUGCUUAAGCUUGACAACAACAAGUUCUCGGGUAUCAUUCCUCCAGAAAUUAGCCAGCUUGCUAGGAUUAAAACAUUUAGUGUGGCCAACAAUCAGCUGUCUGGCCCAGUCCCAAACUUUAAUAAUACAUCAAUUGGACCUGAAAGCUAUGCAAACAACACCGGACUCUGUGGAGGCCCUUUGAAGCAUUGCCCGCCGGUUUAA